AUGAAUCCUGAGAGAAGAGGCACUUACUUGUUCAAUUUCAAGAAGUGGGAUGUUGACAGCCUGGAAAAAUUGAGUUCCAAGUUGAAUCUCUCCACAAGAUAUGACUUAAGGAAAUAUCCUGAAAGAAUCUUAAGCAUUUUGACUGAAAAGGUGGAUCAACUUGCUAUUGUUACUCUAGCUCAUUUCUAUGACCCUCAUUUGUGUUGUUUUACCUUCACUUACUUCCAAUUGGAGCCUACAUUUGAAGAAUUUGAAAGGAUUGUGGGUCGAAGCUUGAAGAAACUUAAUCAUUUUCCCAAGUUUAAUGAAGAGUUUACUCCUAAGAAGAUAGCUUUGGCUUUGAGUGUUUAUGUCCAAGUGGUGUUGAGCAAUUGGGAUAUCAAGGGAACCUUUAAAGGCUUUUCAAGAAGAUUUCUAGAAGACCUGGCUAUGGAGUUUGAGAAGACAGAUAAUUGGAAAGCCUUCAAUGUUGUUAUGGCUCUUCUUAUUCAUGGCGUUAUGCUUUACCCUAAUAUUGACAAUUUUAUGGAUCAGAUAGUUGUGGAGAUUUUUCUUUUUGGCAACCCGAUACCCUUCCUUCUAGGAGAUAUCUAUUACUCUCUUCAUGAGCGUCAUGGGAAGAAAGGAGGCACAUUGUUGUGUUGUGCUCCUCUCUUGCAUGCUUGGAUCAUGACACAUUUGAAGGAGGAUGGUCAUAUAUUUUCUAAGGAGCUCAAGUGGUCACAGAAGUUAGGAUCUAUUACCGCUAACAACAUCAAGUGGUACAUCAGAUAUUGGGAAACCAUAGAAAUCAUCAUUGGUUGUGGGGAUUUCCCUAAUGUCCCAUUAUAG